GCUCGAGCAAAUCAAAUCAAAUCAAACAAUCCCAAAAGAAAAGGCCAAAAUUGAAAAGAAAAAAAAAAAUCACAAAAAUGACUCACACCAAAGCCACCACCGGCGCCGCCGUGGCCAAGGUGGAGAUUAGCCCAUACUCCUCCCCGUCACCGCCGUCAUCUCCCCCGACUCCACAGGCUCCGGCGAUCCUCACUCCGUGUGCCGCCUGCAAGAUUCUCCGGCGAAGGUGUGCCGAAAAAUGCGUAUUGGCGCCAUAUUUCCCGCCAACCGAGCCGCUAAAGUUCACGAUCGCGCAUCGGGUUUUCGGAGCUAGCAACAUUAUCAAAUUGUUGCAGGAGCUUCCCGAGUCUCAACGAGCCGAUGCUGUGAAUAGUAUGGUGUACGAGGCUAAUGCGAGGCUGAGGGACCCGAUCUACGGCUGUGCUGGCGCCAUCUGUCACCUCCAGAAACAAAUCUGUGAUCUUCAAGCUGAGCUGGCAAAGGCACAAGCAGAAAUCCUGAACAUGCAGUGCCAAAAUGCCAAUCUGUGUGACCUAAUAUGCAAGGUACAAAUGGUCACAGCACAUAGCCAUGGAGUUGAGGACAAUAAUAAUAAUAAUAGUAGUAAUUUUGGGGUACAAUCAGCUGCAGCAUUGGCAUACAGUACUCAGAACACAGCUUUUAUUGAGGAUGCUAACAUGGGAGUUUCUUGGGAGCCACUUUGGACAUAAGUAUAAGAAGAGGAUAAUAUAUGUGUUAUCUUAUUUUAUUUUUUUUUAUAUUUAAUUUUUCGGUUUUGUUUUCUUAUCUUGUAAUUGAUCAUCUACUGCAAAUUUCUCCUAUCCGUGGGUAACUGGAGUUUUAGCUGUCAGAUCUACACACAUCUUUGUGUGAUUUGAUGGCUACAACUCUGUGAGGCUCUACAAUUUAGAUAAAGAAAAGGUACUUUUUUUUUUUAUUAUUAUCCAAGUGCACCUAGUGAAAAUGAAAUGAAGGGAUAUAUAAUAUAUUUACAUAUGUUAGAUAAUUAC